AUGAAAAACAUAUUUAACUUGUUUUCAUCGAAAUCGCCACAACACGACGAACCACAACAAUGCGCACAGCCCCCUCCACACCGUGAAGAAGUCGAACUACAAAUUGCUCUUUCGAAUUUCCAACAAUUACCUACACAAGACCUCUUUGAAAUAUGCGUGUUGAAGGUGGUUGAAAUUUUUUUAACUCGGAAAGACUUCCCGUUGUCUGUUGACUACUCCCCAGUCAUCCAACACUUAUUUGAAAUUAUUAAAAUAAACUCCGAACCACAAAAUUUCUUGGAAGACUUUUUCGUUCACAAUUUUCUUCACUUGGAAUUCCUCGCCAUUUUAACUAACAAAGUCCCGAGCAAAUUCACUGCAUUUCAGAUCAAAAAGUUGAUGGAAAUUGUCGUUCAUGUGAUUCACUUUGUUCUCGACUUCCCUCCACCAACCCCCUUUUUAACACAAGACAAGAUUUUCGAGGUCGCUCGCUUUCAAAACGACGUACUUUUGGUUCCCGUGCAAAUCGAAAAGAUCGAAGUCACUCCACAAGUCCAAGCCAUAUCAUAUCUUCUCACAAUUGUCGGGCCGUUCUGCUCGAAAGAAACAAAGAAUAUGCUCUUCACCGACGAACUCACAUUCAACACUAUCGACGCUUUUAUAGACCAUUAUUAUAGAUACAUCCCAUUACUCACAUUUAAUUCGCCAUCUCCUCUUGUUAAAAAGGCGAAGCUACUCUGCGUGGAGUUGACUGAAAUAAAGACGCCGGAGUUGGUGGAUAAGUACACCAAAUCACUUCUGGCCCUCAUUUUGUGUCUAACGAGAAUGUCACCGGAGAGUCCCGUCGACUUCCCUGGAUUAUUUCCUUAUUUGCUCCAAAACAAUCCAUCAUCGGAGUCGUUCACAUAUUAUUUUAAUAUCAUGCACGCGACACAAAAUUUCGAGUUUGUGGUUCCGAUGAUAUACUCACUUGGAAAGUACAUCACAAAAGCGACAGAACAAGACUAUCAAGUAUUGUUGCGUAAAAUCCAUCUGUACAUUCAUUCGUUGUAUAAGACAACACAUUUCUUCCAAGACGAGUUAACGGUCUUGACCUCCGUAGAAGAUAAAAAUGAAUGGAAAAAUUUGGUAAUGGCUUUUACAAGUAUUAUGGUGUGUUUGACUGCUGAUGAGAAACGUGCGUACUUCGAGUUCAUUAAGAAGAAUUCGAAGGACUUGGAUAUUAUGGGGGCAGUUGUGGAGGGUUUGUCGCAACUCCAAUUGUCGCGGUUUUAUAUCCAAGAGUUCAUCCUUGACUCGGGCGUGUCGUACUACUUGAGACAAUUGGCGAGUAACUGCGAAGGCGAUAUGAAAAAGAAGGUGUUGAGGUAUUUAGUCGAUUUGAUGAAGGACAGUGACGUUUUGAAGUAUUUUAAAACGUCGGAGCCGCAGAGCUUUUAUUCGAACUUAAUGCGAAAUGCACAAGACAAAGAGGAGUUUGAAAUGGGUGUUGAAGUGAUGAUGUUGCUUUUAUUAGAUGAAGACAAAGAGAAUGUUAAUAAGUCGAUGGGGUAUAUUAAACUGUUUAAAAUGGUUGAUGGGAUAAGUGAGAGUGACUUCCGCAUUCAAAAGAUGAAAUUGUAUCGAAUUAACAUGGGAGAGGCAAAUGAAAGUAUUUUAAGUGACGUCAUUUACUUCCUCAAAAAGUGCUUUACAAACGAAGAUGAGAGCAUCGAAUACUUUUCCACAUUUUUUGAUGUGCUUUCUUCAUUGAAAGAGAACCCUAAUGGUAAGAAAUUGUUUCUCGAAUUUUUAGGACUAGAUGAAGUGUAUGUACUCAUUAAAAAUAUCGUUACAAAGAAAGGAGAAGAAGUCUUGUAUAUGUUGAGGAAUAUCGCACUUACUAAACGAUUUAAUUUGAUCGACAACAUUCAAACGAUAAUUUUACUAUUAAAAAUUCUCUUAGAACUCUCUGAUGAAAUGAAAGACAAGAUGAUUGGUAAAAUGUUUAUACCAAUGACUGUCGAAUAUGCAAACUUGGAUGUAUUGAGUAAACCCGAAGUCACCGAUUUGUUACUCAAAUUUGUAAUGAAAGAAAAUCCAUCACUUCACGCAGACUUUUUAAUUCGAGCCAUUGUGUCAUACAACUGCAACAACACCGUGUUGAACCAAAUUAUUAAAAAGAUCCAUAAAGAGCGAAAUUUUCCAGAAGUACUCCAAUCAAUCGUUUUGGCGUCAUUUGAGAACAUCCCAACCCCAACGUAUUAUUUGGAUGUUUCUCAACGAACUGUCCUCGAACUUAAUAUGAAACUCCCAUUCAUUAACGUCAAACCAUUCACAGUAUGCACGUGGUUUUCUAUUCAAAAAUUUCCUGAGUACAAAGUACCCACCGUGCCAAUACUCACUGUCAAAUCUGCAAAGAGUAUGUUGUCGCUUCAUGCGACUCCUUUGGGCAUUUCACUGUAUUUUAAAAACACCGGAGAACUUAUACAAACAUCCGUCAGAGAAAAAGUAUACCACUCAAUUAUUUUCACUGUUGUGCAACAAGAGAAGAGCGAAAGGUGUACCGUUUCCAUUUUCUUUGAUGGUCGACGAAUUGGAAGUGCUGAAGGAAAUGGUGUUUUUGGCAAUUUAAGUGAAAUUGAAAUCAAAAGCACUGCAGAUUCGAGGAUGCGAUUGGGCAAUAUUGUUGUGUAUAGAAAUGUCUUGAGCGAUCUGGCAGUUGAGAAAUUUGUCUAUCGGAAAGACGCGGACAUAUUACCAUAUUCAGAAGAAGUGAUUGACUCUCCUAUAGAUAUUCAAGAAGCAAAAGAUACAAGACUGCCACUUCCCGUGUUCACAUUUCAAGUUAGUAGUUUGAAAUUGACGACCAACAAAGAGAUAAGUUCCGUUCAAUUACUAAAAGGCGAUGGUUUAGUGAAAUGUAUUGAAGAAAAAGUAGUUGGGAGGUGUCUUCAUGGGAAACAGAUGAUGUCAAAUAUAGGAGGGAGUGAUGUAUUAUUACUUUUAUGUGGUGAGAUGAACGACGAUAAUAGCGUAUUGCGUGUCAUUGACGUGAUAUCAGGCUAUUUGAAAAAGAAUGGCCCGGCAUCGAGAUACUUUUUAGAAAAUGGUGGGAUGAAAAUCAUGUUUGACAUUAUCGAGAGUAAAAGUGGCGUGUAUUCUAAUAUCAAUAUCGUGGAAACACUUCUUGGAUUUGGGAGUGAAGAGGAUAAAGACGCAUACAUUUCAAAGUUGCUUGUUGAAAUGGUUGUUCUCAAUAUUGAUAUAUGGAAGAGAGUGAGCGAUGAUGUGUUGAGUGAAUACAUGAAGAAGAUACUCAUAAGUUUCAAAUCUGCAUACAAACAGAUGACUAUCAGGGCAAUGGAAGAGUGUAGAGUCUUUGAAAGGUUUCUUCAGUAUUUUGAUCGUGCAGUGAUCAAUAAAACAGUGAGAAUUGGGUAUGUGGAAGUGAUGGCAGAAUUAUUAGAAGGAACUUCGUGGCGGAGUAAUUUACAUCACUUAUCGACCAUCGUUCAAAACAACAACAUUACAGAGCCUGUCAUUCGGUGUUCUAUUUACAGAGAUAACGACAGUGAAUUAUCAACGAUUCCACUUUCAUUUGGAAACGUUUCUGUGAGAGAUUUAUUGGCACCGUAUGAUGUGUCAACUACUUCAUCAGAAACGGAUUGCCAAGACGCACCAAAUGUAGAGUCUUUGAUGGUGGUUAUAACCAUCUUAUUGAAGAGAAUCGACAAGAUAAAAGACCAAAGUGAAUUGUAUGAGUUUAUGUUGACAAGUUCUACAACGGUUCCCCUUGGAAUAGUUCUGGAUUUGAUUGGUGUCAUAGGUAAACGGUACAUUUGUGAUGUAUUAAAGUAUUUAAGUGUCAUGCUAUCCAUUCAACAGAUUCAUAAUAAGUUUGUGUUGGCUGGUGGAUACAUUAGACUCUUCAAUUCAUUACGGACCGUGCGGAGAGUACCAACAAUGAACAACCAAAUGAUCAUGGUACUUGUAGAUAUGAUCCAUCAUCUAUUCGUUUUAAAUCACGAAAAAAGUUGUAAUGUCGACCUUGCUUCAGAUCCUUCACUUCUUUUACUUGUUGCGUGCUUGAAAGAGAUCCCAACAACUGUAUUGAAGAACGUGGUGAAAGUGUUUUCGGAUGAAUCGAUUCGACUAGAAGGGAGAAAUUUGUUGUCGUCGAAAAUGUACAGUGAGGUGGUCUUCCACGCAAUGUUGAAUUGUAUUAACCGCAACGACCCAGUUGAUAUAUUGGAAGGGCUGUUUAUGAUGUACGACGGCUCGAUGAAUGAAUCACAGAAACGAUCUGUACAACACGUCGCAAAUAAAGUGCACCAACACUAUUUAUACAUUACAUCACAUCUGAUGUUUGACACUUUUGACUCGGGACUUGUGUGGAGGAUGUAUAUAUUCAUGGCUGAUAUGCACACCAAAUACGUUCUAACUCAAGGCAGAAAGUCGCAGAAAUUGUUUUUUGUGAAUUGUCUUGGGAGGAUAUGGAGAGAAGUGAUUCUUCAAGAAUUUCCAAUACCAAACGAACAAAAAGAAGUGAUUAUCGACAAGUUGGCGGUUAAACAGUUUAUCAUCGAAUUCGAAAAACGAGAAAAUCUCUUUGAAGAGAUGUACAACAAUGAACCGGUGGUUAUCUAUUACGUCCCCCUCUUGCAAAUACUGGGCCUGACAACAAUCUUUGCAACUGAAAUGGGCAAGAAGUAUCAGAACAAUCUAAAAAAGGAGGAAGAAGGCUUGGACUAUAUCAAUCAAUUUGUGAAAGAGAUAUACGACCGCAUUGAAAAGAAGGAAUACACCCAUCCGUACUUAAUUCAUGUUCACCCAACAGCUGUUGCAAAUGAAGUCCAAUAUAGUCGACCACCAACCCGUGUUUUUAGGGUUAAAAAUGGAGGUACAAAUAUUAUCUCUUCUUUACAUUGGAGAAGAAUUAUCAAAAAGUACUUUGCGCCAUUACAGAUUCUUCAAUUGAACGUUCCAAGUAUCAUCACUGCUCAUAAGUUGGAGUCUGUAAUAUCUCCAUCAUAUAUCAGAUCAGUUGUUGGUUAUUCCUCUCCAAAGCUACGCAAUUUGCCAUCGUCGGAGGGAAUAACAUCUGAGAUAAUCAGUGAGAUGGAGAGGUACAAAUCACUGUUUAGUGUAGUUAAAUAUAUCCCACCGAUAUUUCUGACUGACGGAGUGAAAUGCAAACGCGUUCGAGAGGACAACGAGCGAGACGGAUUUCUCCACAUAGUCGACGAAACAAAUUUAGUCUUUCAAUUUAGUGAGCAGUUUGAAGAAGAAGAAGUCAAAAAGGAAGUUGUUAUACCCCUUGGGAAUUCAAUAGUCACCAAAAUGAUGUAUUUGUACCAAGACACUGGGCUUGAAAUUAUCCAAUGGGACGGUCGUGUGGAAUUCUUUGUCUUCCCACCAAAGCAGCGAGAGAAAAUCACUGAAUGGAUCACCAUCAACGAAAGUAAAUUUGGCGAAGUGACAAAGACGUGGUUGAAAGGUGGGAUGAGCAACUUUGAGUAUAUUGGAGCGAUCAACCAUGAGGCUGGGAGGUCAUAUAGAACACUUUCUCAAUAUCCGAUAUAUCCAUGGGUCAUAUCGUCUUAUGAUAGUGCCGAUUUAAGACUGAGCGAUACACAGAAUUACAGAAAUUUGAAGAUGCCAAUUGGAGCUCAGAAAGAGACUGGGAUACUAGAAGACAAUUAUAAUGAGAAGGAGUGUCAUUAUAACUGUUGUUUGAGUAGUCCGUCUGUGGUGAUGAGAUGCCUCUUCAGAUUAAGGCCAUUCACUGAUUUGAUAUAUAAAGAAAUGUCUGGGAGGUGUCUGGAGAUAGAAGGGAGGAUAUUCACAAACAUCUCGUCGUUGUAUCAAUCGGCAAUGAUACAGUCGCGAAUCGAAAUUAUUCCGGAAUUUUACAGCACUCCGGAGGUCUUUCUCGAUAUGAACAAAUUAAAGAGUGAAAAGAACGAAGUUGGCGAUGUGAAGUUCCCACAAUGGGGAAAGACAGCGAGAGAGUUUGUGAGACACAUGCGGGAGGCUCUUGAGAGUAACGAAGUAACGAUGAAUUUGAACGAGUGGAUUGAUCUUGUGUUUGGAGUUGACCAACAGAACCGGCAGAAGUACAAUGUAUAUAGUCCUGAGUAUACCAAAGACUCCGAUGUUGAUGCAAACUUACGAGAAGUUAUCUGGAAAACCAUGGGAAAUAUUCCUAAUAAAGUCUUUUUAAAGAGUCAUCCCAAGAGAGUUGUUUUACAGCGACUUCCAUUCAACUUUUAUAAUCCACACACUGCAAUUGUUGGGAAUGUACCGAAGGGUGUAGUCUAUUGGGUUGAGAAUGGGAAAUUCAUGUCGAGUGCGGAAAGGUGCUAUUCAUACACAAUAGACAAAGACCAAUUCAUUGUGAAGUUUGAUCGUCUUAAAGGUACUUUUGUGCAACUCAAAGGUGAACAAACACUUUCGUCCUUCUAUGUCGAUAUGUUAGAUGUGACGUCUUUUGUUGUGAGUGAUAAUGGCAAUCGUUUGAUAUAUGGAAGUGAAAGUGGGAUGUGUAAAUUAGUUUUAAAUCCGUUUGGAGGGAAAAGGAAAGUAAUCGAGUUCAAUGGAAUAGAAGGAGAAGUGCGUUGUUUGGACUAUUGCUUCGACUUCCAUACCACAGUUAUCGCUUCAAACGAUUGCAAAAUUCGGAUGUACAACGACGACGGAGAACUCAGGAAACUCAUUGAAGAGAAGGAAAUGGCAACACAGAUCAUAUUCAACCAAAAGACAGGAGACUUCUUUGUUGUUGAGGUCGACAAAGAGAUAAACAAGACGUUUGUUAAAGGGUUUUCGAUCAAUGGCGAAUGUUUUGCUUCAACUAUAAUUAGUGCCACGAUCACAAUAGCUGUCACAACACAGUUCAUGGAUGGGUUUAUUAAAAAUGUGUUGGUUUUUGGAAGUACCGGUGGUGAAAUUAUGCUUUACCAAACAGACGACUUAACUUUUCUCGGGUCUUGUAAUGCAAAAGUGGGUGAUGAAACGCCUUCAAAAGUGUUGUCUAUACUUUUUACAGAGAACUAUUCUAAACUCUAUUUCUUUGUCGAGUGCACAGAACGAAUGGUGAACGUUUUUGAAAUAAAAUGA